AAUACAGUGAAGUAUUGAAGUUUGGAGUAUUUUCACGUUCUCACUUUUCAAUUCUUGGAGUUAUUCAUUAUUACGAAGGCAGCAAUAAGCGUAAUAUAGUUUAAAGCGUUAUAGUGAUAUUUGCUGAACGUAAAUAUAUUUUUACAUUAUUUAGUCUUAUACAGUUUUCGACGUUUGUUUAAAUAAAAAACGGCAAUAGUUUUCAUUUAGUUCUUUUAGUUUCGGUUCCUAGAAGGACGUAAUCGAAAUGAAGAAAAUUGUGAUUUUUGGAUCUACCGGCAUGACCGGCCUUUGCGCUGUUGAAGCAGCUGUAAAAAAAGGUUUCCAAGUGCGUGCGUUCCUUCGAGACCCACAAAAAUUGACGGACAAUCUCAAAGACAAAGUAGAGAUCUUCAAAGGCGAUGUCCUUGAACCAGAUUCUGUCACGAACGCGGUAGAGGGCACUGACUGCGUUGUUGUCGUAUUGGGCACCCGCAGCUGUCUCGAUCCCACCUCAGAUCUUUCUGAAGGUCUAAAGAAUAUUCUAGAAGCGAUGAGAGCCAAGAAUGUGAAGACGAUUAGUACAUGCCUUUCUGCUUUUCUGUUCUACGAGCCGGAUAAAGUACCACCGAAGUUCCAACAUUUGACCAAUGAUCAUAGAAGGAUGUAUGAAGCGUUGAAAGAGACAUCCAUGAAUUGGGUCGCUGUUUUCCCUCCACAUAUAUCAGAGGAACCGAGCUGUGAAACAAUUAUUCAGAUAAAUCCUCAAAAAUCACCGGGUAGGGCCAUCUCAAAAUGGAACCUCGGUGAAUUUUUGGUGAACGCACUCACAGAGCCAAAGUACUACGGAAAUGUUGUUAGCCUUUGUGAUGCUCCUAAGCAGUAAUAAUUAUUUUUUAAAUAUAUUUAUGCUUGGCGGCGGCGAAGCAGCCAGUCAAUUAUAGCAAAAAAAAAAUGUCCGAAAAAUUGUGACAUUUCUGUUUUAUGGCGGGAAAUACUGGUGUCCGUAAAGGUUAUGAAAUAAAACAUCGUAAUAUUUAACUGCAACUUUUCGUUUUAAUAGAAAGUCAUGGUCGAAAACAACUUUUGUCAUGCUUGUUUGUGUUUAAAAAUAAAAAAGUAAUAUUAUAUUAGUUGCCACUAAUCAAUAUGCGAUAUCUCUUUAGUUUCAUUGCUUUGGCCGUGUAUAGGGUUAUAGAACACUAAAGGUUAAAUAUUUUUACUGCAUUUUAUUUAAAAUUCUUUUAUUUUAUGUGUUUUGUAUUAAUAAAUAAGGAUGUAGAUUAAUUUCCUUUUCAGCAUUUUUAUUAACGGUUAUACGCUCACAUAGUUACUAGUUUUUUUUUUUCUUAAAAUAAAAUGAUGGUCAAACGUCAGUGUAAGGUUGUAUUACAAAGUAGUAACAAAGGUUGUGCCAGCAUUUAAUAAAUUGUAAACCAAGAAUCAAAUUACACUGGAUUAAUAGAUUUGUCGGGCAGGUAAAACUGCCAAAAACUAAUACCGAUCCCGCCAUUUUUGCCGUGAACGUGAACCUCUGUUCGGCGUCCGGUAAAUCUGCCGGUCUGGUGGAAUGGAAACCCAGCAGAAACGUUUUAAAAAAAUUAUCAUCAAAUAAUUUAUAUUCGAAUAUUUAAAUUGAAUAAACUUAUCUUAUUUAAGUACUCGAGCUACGGUGUUAUGUUUUAUAUAUUUGACAAUCUAUAGUUUAGUUUAUAUCAAUGUAGAUGUAGAUAAACUUAAGAAUAACCGAGGAUACGCUUAACAUAUUCAUGUAUCUCUAUUUCUUAUCAUUUCGAAUAUCAGUCCCAUACGCGGCCAAAUCUAAUAAAUAAUACUCUGAAGUGACCAGAAGAUAUCUCGGAUGUAUUUUACACUAUCUAUAAGAAUGUGUAUAACGCAAUAAAAGUUACUAGUA